AUGGAGGCAAUCAAGAACACCAUCGGCGAGAACUUUGGCGGCCCUGCCCAGGAUCUCUCAACACACCAGUGGUCUCUCAAUCAGACACCGGACCUCGCUGGCAAGGUCGCUGUUGUCACAGGAGGCAGUCAGGGCAUUGGCUAUGGCGUCACCCAUACCCUCCUUACACACAACAUUGCCAAACUCUACAGUCUAUCUACGGAUAAGGAGGUUAUUGAAGGAGCGAAAGAGGCCAUCGCCAGAGAGCUAGGCCAGGAGGUCGCAGAUCGUACUCACUUUAUCCAGUGCGACCUGUCCGACUGGCCUCGCGUCAUGGAGGUUGCCGAGCAGAUCAAAAAGGAGAAUGACCGGCUUGACAUACUUGUGAACAAUGCCGGACGUGGCAUCAUGCCCCAUGAGCUGACGGAGUUCGGUGUUGAUCGUCAGAUGGCCAUCAACCACAUGGGCCACGUCGUGCUAACGAGCCAUCUGUUGCCUCUGAUGAAGUCCACUGCGGAAAAGGGCAACACUGUCCGCAUCACGGUUCAGGCAAGCAAUGCUCACCAGGGUGCGCCGUCGGACAUCAAGUUCGAGAGCCUCGAGGAGAUCAACGAGGACAAGGGCGCCAACGCCAAUUAUGGGCGCAGCAAGCUGGCGAACAUUCUGUACGCGCGAUACUUUGCCAGAAAAAUCACGGCCAACGGGCACCCGGACGUUGUCAUGAACGCGACGCACCCUGGCUUCGUCAGCACGAAACAGACCAAGGUCGACAUCCUUGAGGCCUUCCCCUUGGCUGGCUAUGGUAUGGCUGUUGGCAUGGAACCUUUCAAGAAAGAUCAGUUUGAAGGUGCUGUGCCGACUGUCUACGCAGCUACAGUCACGAGGGAAUCAGGACAGUAUCUUUGUCCACCUAUUGUGCCCGAAGCUGGCAGCAAGCUGGCGCAGGAUGACGAACUGGGGGAUCGAUUGAUGGAGUUGACACGGAAGCUGGUCAUGGAGAAGACGAAGCGCAAGUCGGCUGAUCAGGGAUGCCCGUUCGACGAUCUUGUCCUGCAUUGA